GUUGCACAUGGCAGCAUGUCGCCCAUGUUGCUGUGCCUUCUGUUUGCUGUAACAUCAAGUGUCCUUCUCAUUGCUGGUAAACGGUCAAACGUUGCACUGAAUAAAACAGCAUGGAUGAGCACAACUAUGGAACACUCAUUGGCUGCCAGUAAAGCUGUAGAUGGUGUAACAGACGCAGACACGUAUCAGUCCUCGGCCCACACAAAGGAACAUGAACGCAGGGCUUGGUGGAAAGUGGAUCUGGAGAGGGAAGUUCAAUCGCCAUUGGUCAAACUCUAUUUUAGGACAGACUGCAACUUGAAUCUACAUGUAAAGAGUAAAAAGAUGUUUGAUUUCUCCAUACUCAUCAGAAACUGGUACCAGGAAUACGUAAACAAGUAUAGGCGUAAUGGAGUUCAGCUCUACACGUCUUUGAGAAAGCCAGCUGAUCCUAAAGAAGGAAAGCUCUGUCAAACUGUAGGAGGGAGUCCUUAUGGUACAGAUAUUCCUGACAUUCUGAAUACGACCUGUUCUGGAACAUGGCGCUUCCUGACUGUCUACACAGAGACAAGUAAUGAUAGGCAGGGUGCUGUCUUGGACUUUGUCGAAGUUGAAGUGUGGACCUGCACAAAUGGGACCUACGGAGACAGCUGCAACAAGUCAUGUGACGGUCGCCACUGCAAGACACCAAAUGGCAAAUGUUAUCAUGUGACCGGGAAGUGUUCCGGAGGCUGUGAAAGUGGCUGGAAUGGGACUGACUGUUUUCAGGGCAUUCCUGCUGAGGUAGAGGACUGCGCGGGCCCAGAGGAUGGAGCAGUCCCAGACAAUGUUUAUUGUAACGAAGUCACCAGGAACGUCCCUGUGCAGGCGCUGGAAGCAACGAUAGCUGGAAUCGAACAAAAGAAGGACGGCUUCCGAAAGGAGUAUGGUAUGCUGCCUACAGAAUUCACAGCACCUUAUGAAGACUCCCAGAAACCAGAGAACGCUGGCAAAAACAAGUUCAGAGAAUACUUCCCAUGUGCAGUUUAG